UCAUAUCUUCCACAAGUUAGUUCGUUUUAUCAUUCUUUGCUUAUCAUCUUUCUUUCUUUCUUUCACCAAUAUGGCUGCACAAAAUGACGUACGCAUUCUGGUUUCUGUGGACAAAACCGAACAGCAUGAGCAAGAGGAAGACGUUGACUACUCACAAAGGGGACAGUGGCUGCGUGCAGCCGUUCUUGGAGCCACUGACGGUCUAGUAUCUGUAGCAUCCCUGAUGAUGGGUGUUGGAGCUGUUAAACAUGAUGUGCGAGCCAUGAUUCUUACCGGGUUUGCUGGCUUAGUUGCUGGAGCAUGCAGCAUGGCGAUUGGUGAGUUUGUUUCGGUAUACUCUCAACGAGACGUUGAGGUGGCUCAGAUGAAGAGAGACAACAGAACCAACGAUGAGGAGAUUAGUGAGAAGGAAGCAUUACCGAAUCCCAUUCAGGCGGCUGCAGCAUCAGCUCUUGCUUUUAUGUUAGGGGCCAUCAUGCCGUUACUUGUUGCUGCUUUUAUAGUGGACCACACGGUUAGGCUUGGUGUGGUUGUAGCCACUGUGAGCUUGGCGCUUGUGGUUUUCGGGUGGAUUGGCGCUGUUUUAGGGCGGACUCCAGUGGUGAAGUCUUGUUUGAGGAUUCUGGUUGGUGGUUGGAUGGCUAUGGCUAUUACUUUUGGACUGACCAAGUGGAUUGGUUCUAUUGGACUGUAGUGUUACAUUAAACUGUAUUCCAGUUCCCUUGGAGUGAACUUAAGUGAUCCAAGGGCUUGUCUUAAGUACAUCAGAAACAUUUAUCUAAUAUCUCUUUAAAUCA